CAGUCCGCGCCGAGUCCUCCGUAUGGGAGCUGCGCUCUCUUGGUGUGUUAAACGGGGGUUGAUUAUCGCGCCAGUAUCGCCAAAAAACUAAACAAUAAUCUCCAGAUGCGCAGAAGAGGAGCGAUAGCUCGUCAAACGAAAAUCAGAGAUUCAGUGAGUUAAGAUUUGUGUGUGACAAGAAAGCAAUCGUCGGCUCCGCAGCUGCUCGUUCGCCACGUUCAGUCCAGCAAUGUCCUUGGAGGAGUCGAGGCGUUCGCAGCGUCCGUACAGGUACGGGAUGGUUCUCCUUUGCGUUGGAGCUCUGAUAAACUGGUUAGGCCUCGCCGAGAACUACGUUGAACCGGUACGAUAUGUCGGUGUUGCUUGCAUAAUCGCGGGGGCUCUUCUCAUAUGUGCCGCAAUGUGCUGUUGGCUGCACGCACCGCCAAGUAGGGCAACCAUGCACACACAACACACAAAUCAUCCGAUCACAGCACAGAUAGACGAUCCGAUCCAUGUGAUCUCCAUCGAGGAACCAUCUAGUGGAUCUAGACAGAAGCCGCCUGACUACGAGGCUGUGACGGACGCGCCACCUAGUUACGACGAUGCCAUCAAGCUGAAUCCUAGUCACCUGGUUAGGCUGAGCAAUAGCAGCGCGUUGUCGCUACCAACUGUUCACAACAUGGUCCCCAGAACCGUGGAAAUUGUUUCUAGGGACCCGACGCCGUCGCCACCGCCACCGUACGCGAGGUGAGAUCUUCGGCAUCAGCAAUCACGAUCGCAACGAAAGAUGUUUGCGGUGUGCUGGGGGUCCAGCGUUUUGCUACAUAACAUAGUGCCACGCAAGUAUAACCGCGUGAUGAGAGUGCGAGGACUCCGUCUUUCGUUUUCAACGCGACUCAGCAAUGGCGUAUGACGCGAGCGCACUCGAAUAACGAUUGCGACGAACGUUCCGUCGUCGUAUCUCUGGACCUCGACUAUGUAGACUAAACUGUUUGUGUUCAAAGAAUUAAGCGAGUGGUCCUCCAGACAGGACACUUAUUUUGUCACCGACAUAUAUUAUACGAACAACACACGAAGAAAGAUAGAAUCGAUGGUAGAGGAUACAAAAUGUUAGUCGUUCUAUUCAGCAGUGGAUUCGUCUAAGAAGCAGACAACGAACGAUCGAGCUUUGCGGGGAACGAAGAGGACGAAAGUCGACGAGGAACGUUGUGCCUUUCGUGGAAACCGCCUAAACGCGUGUACGAGAUACACGUGGCUGGUAGAAAAGGUCACGAAACCGUCGAAACUUUGGGUGGACUUGACGCAAAACCGGCGUGGGGUACGAGCACGAUUAUCGAUUUCGUCUGGCUAAUUUGGAACGAGUUUAAAAUAGCGAACACGAGUCAUCGAUAAAGAGACAAGCGACACGUGACGUUACAAGUGUAUUCGUACGAUAUGUACACGCGCGCGAUGCUUGAACGCGUCUCGUACGAUCUUCGGAAGAAGAAUGGUAGCGAAGAACUCGAGGAUCUUGUAAAAUAUACAAAACAGAUGAGAAAUAGGCGUCCUAAAGUUCGGAACCGUAUCACGCGUUCCAAGUUUCGUCGCUUAGAUAAUCGUGCGGCUUAAUAGAGAAACAAUUUUUUGCUUGCCAUAUGAUUUCCAUGAUUGUCAUUUUACACGUAUACGUUACGCAUGCGAAAGUCAUUCGCACGUCCAUUUUAUUGUGAUAUAUAUAACGAUGAUGCUGGGUAUUAUGAUACGUUACUUAUCGAACGCGACGUUGCUUUGUAAAACAAGACUCUUUUUUUAUAAUGGAAAUACAAAUAUAAAGA